AUGCCCCCGGGUUCACGAACAUUUCACCACAAGUCGAGGAAUGGCUGCAGCCGUUGCAAGAGGCGACGCGUUAGGUGUAAUCUGCAAGCGCCAAGUUGUGCCAACUGCACUAGGAGAGGUGAAGUUUGCGACUACCGGUCUCUCGGCAUAGACAGCCCACCGGACCACAUAUUUACGCAUAAUAGCCAUGCUGCAUAUUUGAAGAGGCGCCGACAUGCAGGUGUCUCUUCAAGGACACCACCGCCGGCUGGGGCCGCGCCCUUGUCCACAUCUCUAGCUCCCUGGACACAGUCGAGCGUGAAUGCUUGGUCUGUAAGACCAGCAUCUCCUCUUGGGGUUUAUAAGCUGGCAUUAAACCCGCCAUCAGAGGACGAAAAGCAGCUUAUUCAAAAGCAGCUUGUUGAUCAGGAAGAGUCCAUUGAAUACAUUCAGCAUAACAUGGCUGCAAUUGCAAUACUCCUUGAAAAAACCACUGAGCCAUUACUACCUAACGAGGAUAGCAACAGGCUUGAACUCGCUGCGUAUCAGCACUAUACCGCAGCAUCCCGCAAAUUUCGACAGUCAGUAGGCACCAUCAAUGAUCGCAACUGGUUUAGCGUCCUCGUCUUUGCCAUCUCUGUCCUCAUCUUCCACUUCGACAUCCACAGAAGAGCAAAACGUGGGUUCACAGAUGAUGAUUUCAUGGAACCCAUUAUAACCCUACGAGGAGCUGGACAUAUAGGCAUGGAGCUGGGUCCAUGGGUGCUAGAGAGCAGGCUAAUCAAUGCAUUAAAAAAACGUGCCGAGGGUGAACGGCCGCCUUGGGAUGAUCUCGCUGAACAGGCCAUCUCGAACCUUCAGUCAAUAAACGAGACAUCGUCGCCACUCCAAAAUCGUGGAAUUUAUCGAGAUACCUUAAUUAAGCUACAAUUUUGGUUGCGACUUUCAUGGUGUAAGCCGCGAAUUUGGCUGCACUUUGUAUGGUGGCCAGGGGCUGUCGAUCAGGAAUAUCUGGAUCUUCUAACGCGGAGAGACCAAAUGGCGUUGGUCAUUCUCAUCCAUUGGUGUGCGGUGAUGAAAUCUGCGCCUAGAAAGUGGUUUAUGGAAGGGUGGGCUGAAAAUGUUUCUCGACCGGUGAUUCCGCUGAUUGGACAAGAGUGGGAUGGUGUUAUGGAGUGGCCGCUGUCAAGAAUAAGAGUGGCUGACGGCAAGUGA